AUGACCAACAAAAUUCUUCGUGUUGGAGUGAUCGGAUGCGGUGAAAUCACCCAAGUCGCCCAUAUUCCAACUCUUGGGUUCCUCUCAGACUACUUCCAGAUCACCUACCUCUGUGAUGUCUCUGAAAAUGCCCUCCAACACAGUAAAAACAAGGUCAUUGGAGGCCCACCCAAAACUACUUGCAAAGCUGAAGAGCUCUGUGCUAGUACCGACGUGGACAUUGUGAUGAUUGCCAACAGCGAUGCUUUCCAUGUACCCCACGCCUUGUUGGGCCUGAAACAUGACAAAAUCGUCUUCAUUGAAAAGCCCAUGGCCUUGUCGUUGAAAGAUGCCGACGACAUCAUCCAGCUUGAGAAACAAUCAUCUGGAAAGGUGAUGGUCGGAUACAUGAGACGUUACACGGCUGGAUUCAUCGACGCAAUCAAGGAAAUUGGCAGUCUUGACCAGAUCCAAUAUGCACGCGUGCGGGACGUUGUUGGCCCCAACUCCUCUUUUGUUGGCCAGUCGGGCACUUUCCCCAAGGCCUUCUCCGACUACAAACCUGAAGAUUCCAGGGAAUUGACCUCUAGAACGGACCAGUUUCUUCAGCAGGCUUUGACAAAGGAGCUUGGCAUUCCCGUUGGCCCGGAUACUGCCACUCAAUGGAGACAUUUGGGCAGCCUUGGCUCGCACGAUCUAAGUGCGAUGAGAGAGGCUCUCGGUAUGCCAACGGGAGUGCUCGGUGCUUCUUUGUGCACCGCUCAAGGACCUCAAUUCUGGAGUGCUCUCUUCCAGUAUCCCUCUUUUGCUGUAUCAUAUGAAUCAGGUAUUGAUGAAGUACCCCGUUUCGACGCAUCCAUUGAGGUCUUUGGCAAGCAGAAAACUGUGAAGGUUUGUUUCGAUUCUCCUUACGUCAAGGGAUUGCCAACCACCAUGCACAUCCGCGAGAAACUUGAAGAUGGAUCCUUCCGGGAGUCUAUGACGAGAAAGACUUAUGAAGACGCCUAUACUUUGGAGAUGAAGGAGCUCUAUGAAUUUGCGGUCAAUGGCAAGCCGGCUAAGACCACGUCCGAGGAUGCUAAGAAGGACUUGGAAGUGUUUGGUAUGAUCAUGAAGGCAGGAUUAGAAGGACAGGCUAGGUUAGGUAUCAAGAACUAG